CACAAGCUACCAGCAUCCAAACUCAAAUCUUUUUUGGGUUACAGUUAGGUGAAGAGAAAUCCGGCAAGAAUAUCGGUUCUUAGUGUUUCCUCCAGGAAAAACAUGGCCCCGGGCUUCCUGUGUGGCAUGGAUGAUAUGCUAGCUUCAGGAAGUCAGUUAGUAUGGAGUGUUACUGAGCAGGUGCUGAGAAGAUGCUACAGUGAUGGAUUGUUGCCAUGUAGGAGGUUAAUUCAAUCAUGGUGGCAUAUUGGAGAUGUUUAUCAGAUGACGGAAGGCCGGCAAUGUCAGGUGAUUCUGCUGGAUGAUCGACAGCUGGACCUGCUGGUCCAGCCAAAACUGCUGUCUAGGGAUCUUUUGGACAUGGUUUCGUCCCAUUUUAACCUGAAGGAGAAGGAGUAUUUUGGAAUUUCAUACACUGACACAAAUGGCCAGACUAGUUGGCUGCAGCUAAACCGAAGAGUACUGGAGCACAACUUCUCCAAAAAGACUGGACCUCUGGAGCUCAAAUUUAAAGUUAGGUUUUACGUUGAAAGCAUUAUAUUACUGAAAGAGACAACCACCGUGGAGCUGUUUUACUGGAAUGCAAAGUCUUCUGUCUAUAAUGGAGCUGUUGAAUUGGAGACUGAACAUGUUUUUAAGUUAGCCGCGUUCGUUUUGCAGGAGGCAAAGGGGGACUACACAAGUGACGAAAGUGCAAAGUCAGACUUGAAAAAGCUCCCCGUGUUUCCCACAGCUGUUUUAAAGGAGCACCCAUCCCUGGCCUAUUGUGAAGACCAAGUCAUCGAGCAUUACAAAACCCUCCGAGGACUCACCAGAGGAAAGGCAAUUGUACAGUAUCUCACAUUAGUGGAAUCCUUACCUUCAUAUGGUGUUCAUUAUUAUGAAGUGAAGGACAAGCAGGGAAUACCGUGGUGGUUGGGAAUUAGCUACAAAGGCAUUGGCCAAUACGACCAACAAGACAAACUGAAACCCAGGAAGGUCUUUCAUUGGAAGCAGUUAGAGAACUUGUAUUUCCGUGAGAAGAAAUUUGCAGUUGAGGUCAACGAUCCUCCGAGGAGCGCAUCGUCUAAGUCCACUUUCGGCCAGUCUGGACAGGUUAUCCACGCAUGGUAUGCCAGUCAUUCUCUGAUCAAAACCAUCUGGGCGAUGGCCAUUAGCCAGCACCAGUUCUACCUGGACUGCAAACAGAGCAAAUCUAAAAUAUCCACAUCAAAGAUCUUGGGGGACAUUGCCAUGGACCUUACAGACAUCGGAGCCUCCAGAGUUAGCAAGAUGGUGAGCGGAGAAAGCAAAGACCAGCUCAUCAUGGCCAGCAAUGGGAGCUUGGCCUCUGCAGGUUCUGUAGAUUCUGAGCUAAACGAGGACCUGAAGAAAGAGAAGAUUAAUGAACUAAAGAAGAAAGAGAAGGGUCUUCAGGAUCUUCUGACUCAGAAACUUCAUGAACUUAAGGAGCUCUGCCUCAGAGAAGCAGAACUAACUGGCAAGAUGUCUAAAGAGUACCCUUUAGCACCUGGAGAGAAGCCUCCAACUGUAAGAAGACGUGUAGGAACUGCUUUCAAACUGGACGAUCUUUUCCCUUAUCAUGCUGACCCUCAGUUAAGGAACUUGGAAAGCCGGUUUGCUCUUCAGCAAAAGAUUGUAGAAGCAGCAAAGAAGCUUGCCAAUGAAACAGAACUCUGCAAAACUGUGAAGAAGAAGCGAAGGAGAAACUUUGAGGAUGCUAUGAAGACCCUUCAGAUGAUCGAGAAUGAAAUUAAUGACUACAGAGUUCAAACGGGCCAGAAACCCACACAAAGGGCCUCACUAAUCAUUGACGAUGUGAAUGCAGCGGAACUCAGCUCGCUAUCCGACUUAAAUCUGGAUGAUGAUGAGGCAUUUGUAGUGCAACGGCAGCGUUCCCGUUCAGUUCAAUGUUCACCACGGCCUUCAGACAACCUAGGCAUUCCAUAUGAAUCCAAUCGCCGGGCCUCCGAAGACCCACGCAACCCCGACCGAUUAAACUACGGUGAAGUCCAUGAACCUUAUUCCUACAGCCACCAAGAUUCUUUAUCACCACAUAGUAGCCCGUAUUACUCUCAAUCCAGGCAAACAGGAAAUUCACGCAGCAUGCCUCCCACACCCCAGCUGACACGCAAUGCAUUCAGCAGCAUCCAGCUCAGGUGUGAAGAAGACACGCCUGAGCAUUUCCGGCAGCGCAGUGGCAGUCUUGAGUCUCAGUCACUCUUUACUUCAGAGUGUGAUGGUCCCGAGCCUGUGUUUACAAUCACCCCUGCUGCACGGCGGAGCAACAGCACCGAGGUACUUGACGACGUCUCCUCACACACCAGCCAGUCAAGUACAGAGUACUGCGCUCAUUCGCGCGCUCGGAAUCGCCAUCGUCGCCAGAGGGACUGCGUUUAUGCUAAUACAGGCAGCAUGCCCAACCUUGCACAGAACGAUUCUCGCUGCUACACCCCUAAGGCACCGACCAGGCCCACCACAACAGCCUAUUACGUCACUGGAUACCCCUGCUAUGCGGAUCCAUACACUAACGGAAGCUAUGCCUAUGAGGAAGAGACAGCGGGCCAUUAUAGCGUAAAUCCUUCCUACCAGACAAUGUCUUACCAUGGACAGCAACCAUACAGUAAUUACAGUCACAGUGAGAUGGAAAGCAUGAACCAGAAUCCAUAUGCUACACUGAGGCAGGCACGAAGUCGUCCGCCCUCGAGAACCGAGAACGUAGCACGCAACAUGCAGAAGGCUAUAGUGGCCGAGCACUUACGAGGCUGGUAUAACCGGAACAGUGCACACAGGCAAGUGUCAUACGAGUACGAGCGGGAGACCCAGCAAAACAUGGGCUACAGGAUGGCCCCAUACGCUUACAGCUCUAAUGACCGCUGCACCUCAUAUGCCUCAGUUUCGACAGCAUCCAACACAGGGGACUGGCGUGAUCACUUAUCAGUGGGUUUAUCCGAAUACGGCAUGGGUCUUCAUCCACAGCACACCUAUAGCUUAAACUCAGUCCAUCAGAGUCACCUUCCACAAAGCAGACAUGCCUUCAGUGCACACCCUGCACCCUCCUGGUACUACCUACCUCCUUUCUUCUCACCUACUGCUUGUUCCUCCUCAUCCUCUUACUUCUCCCUCCCUCCACCUCCUUCUUCUCGUUAUCGAGUGGAGCGCUCAGGCUUUGAUGGCUCCAGAACUGACAUGGUUAAUAAAGCCUCCUUAUUAAAUGUAGCCCUUGAUAGUCAUACAUAGAUGUAAACCAAAUGGAUUUACACCUGAGGAGUCCAGUAGACAGUUUUGACUCUGAGGAUCAGACACUUUACUGGCACGAAGACUCCAAGCCUGGAACUAUAGUGUAGGAAAUGAAAAGAAGUUCCUCAUGCUUUGUGCCUUUUACAAAACCCCUGUUUAUGUUCAUUUUUUUCUGUGGGUGACAAGUUUAACUACCAGAACUUUAAGGAAUGUUACCAGGCAAGGAUUCUGUAAAACAGCAUUCAGCCAGCUCAGAGAGCACGGGUGAAUUCCCUUGCAACAGAACCGAAACGGGCCUUUGGGGCACACUGAAGAGCAACACAUUGUGUGUGGUGCUAGCACUUCUGGAACUUGGCCUGCCAUGAUGAACGUCUGCUGUGGAAUUUUCUUCGGGAUUUGUUAAUAUGGUAAAAGUGAUUGGGCCGAGUAAGGUGGUAAUCGAGCCAAAUAGCCUGGACCAUUCUAUUGCCAUGGAGGGAUAUUACAAUCGUAAAUCUUUUUCAUGGACACAAAGCAAAUAAUAAUAUGAAGGACUAAGCUCAGCUGGUUUCUAUUGUGUGAAAAGUCUCCCAUGGACAUUUUUUUUUUUUUUGCCGUUUGUUUAAAGAACUUGAAGCAUUGAUCUUUAUAUUGCUGUUGAAGGUCUCUUUUUUUUUUUUUUUUUUUUUUUUGCAAAAGUAUUCUAUAUAUAAUUAUGCAUAAACAUUGGAUUCACAAGGGCUUUUGAAAAUGGCUAUGCAAGAAAAUGGAAGUUCAUUCAGUAUUUUUGUAUUUUUUUUUUUCUUUCCACCCCACUCUAGCAGGUGCUGUGCUUUUAAUCAUGUAUUUACGUGCUGAAUUAUUCACACACAUUAUUUAAUGUGCACUGUGUUGGUCUGCCAGUUUGCUGGGUGUAAAUCAUAUAAAAAGAUCAGAAAUCUGUAUCUUCACAUUAAUUAGAUAAACAUUACUUUGGGAUGAAAAAUGCAGACUCCUGGUGGCACGCACAUGACAUACAUAUGUGUAAAUCAUGCCAUGGAAUAUUCUACAUAACUUAUUACUAAUCAUUGGAACAUAGCAUUUCUAGCUUUUCUUUAUUACUGUUUUUUUUUUUUUUUUUUUAUACUUUUUAAAGCCCAAAUUGUUUUAAAUUCACACAAUUUCAAAGAUAUAGCACUAAUGAGGUUACCAUGUGGAUAGGUUAUACAGCUUUUUUUUUUUUGCUUUUUUUUUUCUCUCUUCACCAAUCUUACUGCAUACAAUAGCAGCACCCUAGGCCUGGCUUUUGCCAUUUUCUCCCUCUUUUUCUCUUUCUCCAGAAGAGACUUGUUUAUGUAUAUGUAAAUUCUGUAUAUAGUUUAUUUUUUGUCAUUUUUAAAGAGAAUUUUUUUGUAUGUCCUUUUUGAAAAAUGUGUAAUAUAUAGUAAUCCGAAAUGUUAAGCUGGUUCUUAGUAGUUUCAAUCAAUGAAAUCUCUUUGAAUUAAACAAAAAACGACUAAA